GCUCCAAAGGUAGAAAGGUUGUGGAAAACCUCUGUAGGAGGGGCACAGAGUUCAGCCCCACGUUGCCCAACCCCGUCCUGGCUUCAACCAGCCAUGUUCUGCAGAGAACAGUUUGUACUUCGUCCUACAGCUUUUUAACCCCUCGUCUAGAGACACAGGAUGAAGAUGAGUGACCAGAGAUGAAGAGACUUUGCUUGGGGUGCUAGGCUUAGUGACGGGAAGACAAGCAGAGAAGAGGACAACUCUGUGACCUUCUGGACUAGACCCCAGCACCAUGACGGUGUCUUACACUCUCAAAGUGGCGGAGGCCCGCUUCGGAGCGUUCUCUGGCCUGCUGCUCCGCUGGAGGGGCAGCAUAUACAAGCUCCUGUACAAGGAGUUCCUGCUCUUCAGUGCCUUGUAUGCUGUGCUCAGCAUCACCUAUCGGCUGCUGCUGACCCAGGAGCAGAAGCAUAUUUAUGCCCAGGUGGCCCGAUACUGCAACCGCUCAGCAGACCUCAUCCCCUUGUCCUUUGUGCUGGGUUUCUACGUGACUUUGGUGGUGAACCGCUGGUGGUCUCAAUACACAAGCAUCCCACUGCCGGACCAGUUAAUGUGUGUCAUCUCAGCCUGUGUGCACGGUGUGGAUCAGAGUGGCCGUUUACUACGCCGAACUCUCAUCCGCUAUGCCAACCUGGCGUCGGUGCUGGUACUGCGUUCCGUGAGCACCCGUGUGCUCAAGCGCUUCCCCACUAUGGAGCACGUGGUGGAUGCAGGUUUCAUGUCUCAGGAAGAGAGGAAAAAGUUUGAGAGCUUGAAAUCUGACUUUAACAAGUACUGGGUCCCUUGCGUCUGGUUCACUAACCUAGCCGCCCAGGCCCGCAGGGAUGGACAAAUCCGUGACGACAUCUCUUUUUGUCUCAUAUUGGAAGAGCUGAACAAGUACCGUGCCAAGUGCAGCAUGCUGUUCCACUAUGACUGGAUCAGCAUCCCACUUGUCUACACCCAGGUGGUGACGAUAGCUGUAUAUUCCUUCUUUGCCCUUUCCCUGGUUGGUCAACAGUUUGUGGAGCCAGAAACAGGAGCUACCAAACUCCAGGAGUCUCUGGAGCCAGGCAAAGAGGCCUCUCCAGUCCUGGGGGACCUGGACAUGUUCGUGCCUCUCACCACGUUGCUGCAGUUUUUCUUUUAUGCUGGUUGGCUCAAGGUAGCUGAACAGCUCAUUAACCCUUUUGGUGAGGAUGACGAUGACUUUGAGACCAAUCAGCUCAUAGACCGAAACCUGCAGGUUAGAUGUGGGGUAGGGGACUGGGGGCAGAGACAGCUAGGUGUGCAGAGAAAAGGUUGUGGCAUACUGCUUGCCCUUCUGCUGGCCCAGGUGUCCCUGCUCUCUGUGGAUGAUAUGUACCAGAACCUGCCUCCUGUCGAGAAGGAUCAGUACUGGGAUAAGGACCAACCUCAGCCACCCUAUACGGUGGCCACAGCUGCUGACUCACUGCGUCCUUCCUUCCUGGGUUCCACUUUCAACCUGCGCAUGAGCGACGACCCUGAGCACUGCCUUCAGAUGGAUGCGUCCCCAAGGUCUGAUCUGCCUGCACCUGUCACACAGACCCCGCUGCUGGGCCGAUUCUUGGGCGCAGGAGGACUCUCGCCCGCUGUAAGCCUGCGGAACUUCGGCAGAGCACGCGGUGCCCCCAGGACCCCACACCUGAUUCGCUUCCGAACUGAGACAGGUGGCGAGGAGGCUGCCAGCCGCAUAAAUGAGGCUGAGGAAUCUGAGGAUGAAGCCCUUGAACCUUGAGAAUGCCCAGCCGGCCGGUGGCUGCCACCAGCCCUUCUUCCCCAGCUGCCCUGUCAUCAGCCACCACUCUGAGACUUUCCUGCACAGCGGGUUGGCCAUUGGGGAAAGCAUUUGGGGACAGCCCUUGAAAGCAAGGAUGGCAAGGAGUCAGAGCUGGGGGCAGGGUGUGUCUCCUUCAGCUUAAAAGUGGGAUUGCUUGGGGAGAUGAAACGAGAAUGAAGAAAUGGCCAAAUACGUAGGGCUAGAACAAGAGGAAAAGUUAUCUUUCCAGGCUUUUGGGGAGCUAGGCUGGUGGCCCCAACACUGGCAUAGUGUCAGCAUCUUGCCUGGUGCCCAGCCUCUUUGUGCUGCAGUUUAGUACUGAGCUCAGGAAGCGGCAUUUCUAGUUUUCGGAUGCUGCUGUGGGGCUGGCCAGCUGAAAGGUAGAUCCCACUGGGUGUGCUGUGGGAUCCUUACUU